AUGGUCAAGUGGAGGCUACCGGAAGACCCCUCGGUCAGAGUGUAUCGGGGAGUGGACGUCGAGUACCGCCAGAUGAACGACGAGGGGGCUGUGGUUAAACAGGAAGUGCAGCGGUAUGCUGGGAGAGGCAACAGCCUUUAUAUCCGGGCACUGAACCCAGCCACCACCUACCAGGUCCAGGUUCGAGCCCGGACAGAUAUUGGGGGAGGAAUACCAAGUGAUGUCGUUAUGGUUACUACUGACCCAGAAAUCCCCGAACCGCCAUAUCGGCUGCGGGCAAUAGACGUCACUCACAAUGAGGCCGAAGUCAGUUGGGCUACCCGUACUCCUAUCUCCAGACUGACGUCGUUCAACGUGUACGUCAGGGACGUCGAGACGGGACGUGAUCGUUUACAUCACCUGAGGAGCACCGGCGACAGCAGCUACAGAAUCCGAGACCUACUCCAAGACAAGCAGUACGAGGUGACGAUCAGCUCUGAGAUCAACGGACAGGCGGGAAACCGAUCUCUCCCCAUGAGAUUUAGAACAAAACCAUUUGUUCCCGAUGCACCUACCAAUGUGAAGGCGGAUGCUUUGAACGCAACAACCAUCUUGGUAACGUGGACGACUGCUGGAGACCUAGCGUCCCGAUCGUACAUAACGGGCUACAGCAUUCAGUAUGAAGAGUUGGCACGGUACACAGGCAGUAAGACAGUGGACGUUGGUGUCGCAAACAGAGUGGUGUCACCUCAACCAGUGGACCUCCAAGCUACCCUGGUCUCCCACAACAGUAUCCAUCUCUCCUGGGAUGCCCCCGUCAUCCUCCGCUCCAUCAAAUCCUUCAACGUGUACGUCCACGACACUGUGACGGGGAAGGACACGAAGACGUCUGUCUCCCCAGCGAAGGAGCACACCAUCACGGGUCUCAAGUCAGAUAGACGCUACACACUCACGGUUGCCUCUGUCGUGGAGUCCCGUGAGCGAGAGCGGUCACAGCCACUCACUGUCUCAACUCUUCCCUAUGUUCCUGAUCCACCUGGUGACGUGGUAGUCAAAGUCGUUAACGAGACGGCGGUAAAGGUGGAGUGGAGGCUGAUCAAGGAUGAUGAUCGCGCGAUUGUCAAAUACCAGGUGGCCUACAGCGAGUUGGGCCGGGCGGGGACCAGUGAGGCGGUGACGGUGUCACGGAGGAGCAGUAGAGUCGUCCUGUGGCCACUGGACAUGGACAUCAGCUACAAUGUCCGGGUCCGAGCGGAGACGGCCACAGAGAAGGGGGUGUACUCGCAGCCAGCAGUAGUCACAACUCUUGCAUCCAAUAAGCCAAACGAAAUCCAGGCUUCGAACAUUCAGUUCAACCAAGCCGAUAUAUCGUGGUACGCUCCGAUAGAGAAGCGCAACAUCACUGGUUUUCGCUUGGAAGUACAUCAUCACUGUCCGGUCAAGGAUGGGUGCAAUGAGAGGCAAGAAGUCGGAGGAAUAUGUAUUCAAAACAUUACCCUAUAUUCCUACCUCCCCGUUGGCGUUGUUGCAACGCCUCUAAACGACACGGCUGUCAUGGUGCAGUGGACGCCAACCGUUGAUGAUGAAACUCGUCGCUACGUCACGAGUUACAACAUCGCCUACACCAGAUUAGGAAGCGGAACGGAGGAUGGAGCUGAGGAAAGCCUGUUGGUAACUGGGGACUCCAAAAUGGCGACGAUUACCUCCUUGGUCGCGGACGCCAGCUACAGAGUGCGUGUACGCGCUGAGACGCAGACGGAAAAAGGGCAAUAUAGCCUCCCGAAUCUUGUGAAAACAUAUGUAUCUGAUAAGCCUCAAUCGCUGCGUCUGACAGACAUUCAAUUUAACGAAGCGCAGGUGUCCUGGUAUGCACCUGUGCAACAACGCAACAUCACGGGUUUUAAGCUUGCGCUGACCGAUGUCGUGGAAAAGGACGUACAAAUACAUAGCCUUGGCCCUGUCCUUCAGUUUACCUUUGAGAGACUGAAACCAGACCGGAAGUACACACUGACUGUGAUGUCACAGCUUGAAGACAAACAGGGCAAGGUAUCAGACGUCAUGGAAUUCCAAACACUUCCAUUCGUUCCUGGUGCUCCCGGAAAUAUUCGCACAACGCCGUUGAAUGACACCGCUAUGCUGUUGGAGUGGACGCCAACGGUAGAUGAAGAAACACGCAACUACAUACGCGGGUACAACAUCGUCUACAAUAAACAGGGUGGCAUGCACCGAGGUCAAGAGAGCCUGCAGGUUUCAGGGGAUGCCAACAAGGCUGUCAUCACUGCCCUCGACCCAGACACCAACUACAGGUUGCGCAUUCGUGCGGAGACUCUGACAGAGGAGGGACAGUAUAGCGAACCAGUCUACAUGAAAACACUUGUGUCUGACAAACCUCUGUCUCUAAGGACCAGUCAAAUACAGUUCAACCAAGCGGAGGUGUUUUGGUACGCCCCAGUCAAGGACAGGGGUAUCAGCGGUUUCCAGCUUGCACUCCGUGAUGUCCAAGGAGGAGCCGUGGCGGAACUACAGACACCUCCAGUCUUGAAGUUUACACUGACUGGCCUUGAACCUGAUAAUGAGUACUCACUCACUGUGACAUCUCUACUUGGGGACCACAUAGGGAAGACUUCAGACUUGCUUUCCUUCAAGACCUUACCAUUUGUUCCGGAAGCACCAGCUGAUGUCACAGUAACAUCUCCCAAUGAAACCGCUCUUGUGGUGAAGUGGAUGCCCACUGUGAAUGACGAAACACGUGGCUACGUCGUGCGUUACAACGUCGCCUACAGUAAGGAGGACAGAAGCAGAGGCAAUGCUGACGAAAACGAUGUGCAGGUUGCGGGGGAUUCCAGCAUGGUGGUCAUCACUUCACUUGACGCCGACACCAGCUACAGAGUACGUGUGCGGGCUGAGACGUUGACAGAAAAGGGGAAAUAUAGUGAACCAGUCGUUGUUCAGACUCUCGAGACCGACAAACCAUAUGGAUUACAGGCAUCCCGUAUACAGUUCAACCAAGCCAGGCUGUCAUGGUAUGCCCCGGUCACACAAAGGAACAUUACAAACUUUCAUCUUGUGCUUUACAAUGUCAAAGCAGGAACGGUAACUCGGAGUGUCGUAUCACCCCAAACUGUGCACAUUUUGUCAGGUCUCGCCGCGGACACUCAGUAUGAACUCGCCAUUACAUCCCAAAUGGGAGAUCAGGAAGGGAAGACCUCGGAUGUACUGCGGUUCACGACGCUGCCUUUUGUGCCUGAUGCCCCUACCAAUAUCGUAUCUCGGCCAUUGAAUGACACGGCUGUUCUGGUAGAGUGGACACCUACAGUCGACAAUGAAACCCGUGACUACGUCGUUCGUUACCGCAUUGCAUUCAACAAGUUAGGAACAAGCCAGAGGCCGACCGAUAUGAGAAGUGUGCAGGCGUCAGGGACGUCAACCACAGCCAUCAUCAGCUCCCUGGACGCCGACACCAGCUACAUACUGCGCGUGCGUGCUGAGACGCUGACUGAGAAUGGGGCAUUGAGCCAAUCAAUCAUGGUUCGCACACUUGAGUCUGACAAACCACGGACAGUGAGAACAACGAAUAUCGAGUUUGACCAUGUCGAAUUGUCAUGGUAUGCUCCUACCGAGCAGAGAAAUAUCACAGGUUUUGAAGUCCUGCUGACUGACAAUGUCACUGGAGAGGUCACAAGUCAAGUCACACCGCCCGGUUCUCGCUACACUCUCACCGAUCUCAUAGCAGAUCGGAAGUACAAAGUUACUGUGACAUCAUUGCUUGAAGCACGUAAAGGAAAGACUUCCGAUGUACUGGAAUUUGUAACAAAGCCAUUUGUCCCUGCUGUCAUCGAAGACGUGACAGUGACGCCACUCAAUCAGACCACCCUCCUUGUUCGGUGGAAGGUGCCAGACAGCCCAGGAUCGCACGACUACAUCAAACUCUACCAUGUAGAGUACUGUCUUCUGGAUCGAUUCCAGAGGGUGAAGGAGACAAUGGGCCUGGAGGUGGAUGAGGGCGAGGACCAUGUCUAUGUCACGGGACUGGAGGAGGACACGGAAUACAGGAUACGGAUGAGGUCAGAGACAGAGACUCAGCAGGGCAAAUACACAAGAGGAACACGCACUAAAACAUUGAUGUCUGAGCAGCCUCGACGUCUGCAAGCAACAGAGGUACACUUCAGCUCCAUCGGCAUUUCCUGGAAGGCGCCCAUAAAACAACGAAAUAUCACCAGAUUUAACGUGAUAACCUUCGACACCAUAGAAGGGACGGAACAGACGAGGGAGAUACCACCUAAACUCAAGUUCAGGAUCGACAACCUGCUGCCAGACAGAGCAUAUGGGAUCAGGGUGUCUGCUGUGAUUGGUGAACAGGAGGGACUGUCGUCCAAAACAAUUGAGGUCAAAACCAAUCCUUACAUUCCAAGGGCUCCUACGGAGGUGAAGGCCCACCCAGUGAACGCUACCGCUGUGUACGUUGAGUGGAAGGCACCCGAUGACCUGUUCGCAAGGCAGUACGUCAUCGGCUUCAACAUCCAAUACGACCGGUCGCGAUCCCGACUUACGGUUGAGAAGUGGAGUCUUGUGGAGCAUUAUGGGGGAAAGCAAAACUCACUGAUUACCUCCCUUGAACCCGACACGGAGUACAAUGUGGUGGUGAGGGUGAACACCAAGACCGAGAAGGGAGAUCUCAGUCGGCAGAUAGCAGUCAAAACCAUGGUAUCGGCUGAGCCUAUGAAUCUGAAAACAACACGGGUGACGUUUGACGAGUUUGACUUGACCUGGGACGCCCCCGUGGAAGAGAGGAACAUCACUGGAUUCGCACUCUACCUCACAGACAGAACCAACAACAGCCGCAUCCGGGAGGAGAUUCCUGCUGUCCUCACACACACAUUCCAGGGUCUCACCCCCAGCACAGUCUACCUGGCUGACGUCGCCUCCAUACUCCACAGUGGGGAGGGCAUAUUGUCACUACAGAUUCCAGUUGAGACAGCGCCCUUCAUUCCUGAUGCUCCAUCCGAGGUCCAGGCGAGGUCAUUCAACUACUCUACCAUAGCUUUCCAGUGGCAGCUCCCAGACGACCGCGCCUCCCGCGUCUACAUUAAGGGCUCCCAGAUCCUGUAUACCAAGCUGAGUCGGGAUGCGAGUCCCCCUGUUACUAGGCAACACCAGGUGCUCGGUAGGGGAGGCUCCGAUCUUCUGACGUCACUCGAGGAGGACUCCACGUACACUGUACAGAUUCGGGCGUUCUCUGACACAGCCGAAGGGAAACUGAGUCGGGCCAUCACAAUAUCAACGCCUCCGAAAGUCCCAGACUGGUCACCAGAGCUGUUGACCGCGAGUGUGGAGUACGACGCGUCCGUGAGACUGGAGUGGUACGUCCACUCUCCAAAGGCUGCACUGGACCAUACCCUCAAUUACGAGGUGCAGUACUUCCGCCAGCCGGACCCCUUCAGUGACAUGUAUGUGAGGGACCUGGAGUCUGGACCCACUAUAAUCGACAACCUGGAGACCCAUUCCACGUACUCCUUCCGGCUGCGAGCCUACAACCCGUCUGGCACCGGACCAUGGAGCAGCAGUCUUGAAGCCACACUAGACGGACCAGAUCUUGGGGUCGUGGAUAUCACACAUAUCAACAGGACCGGACCUUAUUCCUCCAAAGUUCGCUGGGUUCAGAGGGGCAGGACGGAGUACGCCGUCCAAGGUUACCGCGUGUACUACACUCCAAUCGACUACAAGUUCCAGCCUGUUCCAGGGCAGAGAUUCCUUGAUUCAGUGGGAACUCGGAACCGAGUAGACAUUAUCCGUAGUUUGCGUCCAGAGCAGUACUAUUUCGUACAGGUUGCUGCUUUCGCUGACGAGGGAAUUGGAAGACGCUCAGAUGUUGCCUUCCUCCCUGACAUGGACUAUCCGCGGAUCCUGCUGGGACCACGUGACACAAAGAUUGCUGCCAAGCUGGCUGUGACCUUCUCUUGCAAAAUCGUUGGAGAGCCAGGGUAUACAGUAUACUGGAAGAAAGGUCCAAAACGGAUUACCAGGCGGUUAUCAAGAUUUCAAUAUAAAAUAGAUAACGGGACGUCAAUAUUAAGGAUCAAAUCGGCUCGGCCACGUGACACCGGCACGUAUGACUGUAUACUAAAUGUAAAUAAUACAUUGUACACAAAAAGUGCAAAACUGGAGGUAUACGAUCAGGCGGAAAUUCCAUCUGGGUACCCAUCCUUCACCCGUAACCCAACUCUGACGUCAGUAGAGACUGGCUCCAAUACCUCCUUCAUCUGCGAGGCGUCGGGAAAUCCAAUCCCCAUCAUCAAAUGGCACAAGAACAACAUCCCCCUCCAGGAGAACAACAAGUUUGUCAUCACGCAGAUCGUUACAGUGUAUGGCAAGCGAGGUGGACGGGAGAGCAGGCUGUGGAUCCUAAACGCUACUGUGAGCGACAUGGGCAAAUAUGUCUGCUCGGCCGAGAACAGGUUCGGCACCAUCUACAACUUUGAUGCUCAGCUAUACGUCAAAUUGAGGAAAUAUCCGCCUGAAUUUACGGAGUUUCCCAAAGAUGCUUUUGUGAAGCCCGGAUCGAGCGUCACACUGUCAUGCGCAGCAGAUGGCGAGCCUAAGCCAACGAUACGCUGGCUUGUUGACAAGACCUAUGUGGAAACAACGGAGAUUUCUACUGGGCGAGGACAGCUCGUGUUGCCGGAGGUGUAUGUGUCGGCGUUGUACACGUGCGAGGUGGAAAACAUCAAGGGGAAGGACAGUAUCGAUGCCCGCAUCCAGAUCGACAGGACAGUUAAGUUCAAAGGCGUCAUUCUCCAGAAACCCAUGGCAAAAGCAGUGGUAGUUGGAGACUCCGUCAGCUUCUUCUGCCACGGGGUGGGACAGCCCAAGCCCAAUGUGUUCUGGGAACGGAACGGGAAGCGACUGUCCCGCCAGGACUUUGACCAGACCUACUACCUGGAGGAGAGAGACGGGAUGUCGGUGUUGGAGGUGGGGAAAGUUCAGGAGAGACGUGAUGAGGGCACCUUCUCCUGCACUGUGGAGAAUGACCUAGGCUACAGUGAAGCGGCCACAGCACUUACAGUUUACAGACAGAACGAGAGACCUGAAGACUUCCCAACGAUUACGAAACAUCCUGUGGUGACGGCAGCGGCUCGGGGGGACAGGAUUCGACUACAUUGUACCUCUAGUGACCCGACGGCCACUGUCACGUGGUACAAGGACAGGUUCCCUCUGAAGCUAACUCAAAGGGCCAAAGUCACCAUGAAAGAUGGAGCCAGUGAGCUCAGGAUCCUGAAGGCGCGGGAGUCGGACUACGGGAAGUACCACUGUUCCAUGGAAAAUCAGUCUGGCAUCGUGUAUUCCAAGAGAGCCAUGCUAUACAUACGUCGCGCCGUCAGGAAAGUGUAAUGUUUGCCCCAGUAGUCCGUGUUGUGCCGAUGCUCGUGUUGUUUGCGUGUACAUAAGCUUCUCCAUGUGCCAUUGCUGUGAAGAAUACAUGUACUUCUAGACAGAAUUACACUACACUGAAACCUUCAUGGCUCGAACUUCAGUAAGACGAACUCCAAUAAUAUCAACAAUCUGUUCCACACUGAAAUACCCUACCAUGAAACAUCCUUACCUGGAACUUCAGUAAGCUUAACUCCAAUGAUAUCAGCAACCUGUUCCACACUGAAAUACUGUGCAGUGAAACCUCCUUAAUAAUUUCAGCACCAUGCUUAUCUCGUACGACCAAAAUUGAAACAAAUAUUCGAUGUUCCCUCGGACUUCCGGUUACUGAGAUCACAAGAUGUGCUUAUGCUUGAUGCAGCUCAGUAGGUGGGCGAGUUAAAUGAAACUUUGGUUAAAUAUAACAUUCUGCUGUUUGGCUGCGUAUGACUAAAUGACUGUGUAAAUCCUGUGCUGAUUGGUUCGUUAUAAGGAUGUAGUUACUUCACAACUCUGUCCUUUUUGCAUGGCUUUGUAUCCAAUGACAGUACAAUAUAUAAAGCCCGUGCAUUUUGAUUGGCUCAGCAGUUGUGUGACGUAUCUAGUGGUUAGUUGGAGUAAGGGGCUGAGGCGUGGCAGCAUUAUUGGACAUACACAGGUUCAUUCUGUAUAUUUACUCAACUUCCAAAUACAUAGUUUCGCUUAUAGUCAGUAGGCAGACUCCCUGCUGUUGACGUGGGCAUGGUCAACCAGUAAUUGACGUCCAGUAUGUGAUUAACAUAGGCAUGAAAAGUCCUUUCCCGGACACGAUUAGAGCCCCGAUCAAAAGUUUGCCUUUAAUAUCCCCUAAAUAAGAUUGAUACUGAAAUUAUCGUUAUUGGUCUCUAUAUGCAACAGUAUGAAGGGAUUCGUUUUAAGUGUUUAAUACAAUGAACCCAGCCUACAUGUUCCAUGCCGUAGUUCCCGAGGUUAGUUGUAUGGUGUACCGAGGUUAGUUGUAUGGUGUACCGAGGUUAGUUGUAUGGUGUACUGGGGGUAAUUGUAUGGUGUACAAAAUGAGAGCGUCAUGUUGUGUCUUUGCUACUUUGUGAAAUAAAAAAAUAAUGUCCUAUCA